AUAUAUACCCUACCACCCUUCCAUUCCUCAACAACAACCAAAACCUCUUCUAGAGCCCCUCUCUCUCAUCAUACCCAUAUAUAAACCCAAAACUCAACAUCAUUCUAUACAUAAACCAAAACUAAAACCUAGAAGAAGAAGAAGAAAAAAGAAAAAUGUCCGGGGUGUGGGUGUUCAAGAAUGGUGUGUUUCGUUUGGUGGAAAACCCUCAAGCUGAGGCCUCGGAUGGAAGACAAGGGAAGGGAAGUAGCUCAAAGAGAAAGGUGUUGGUUCACUUGCCAACAGGGGAAGUGGUGUCUUCCUAUGCUUUUCUUGAGCAAAUCUUAACUGGAUUAGGGUGGGAGAGGUACUAUGAUGGGGACCCUGACCUCUACCAAUUCCACAAACACUCUUCAAUUGACCUAAUUUCCCUCCCAAAAGAUUUCUCCAAGUUCAACUCCAUCAACAUGUAUGAUAUAGUCAUCAAGAACCCCAAUGUCUUCCAUGUCAGGGAUAAGUGAGUCCUCAUUUGUUCAUGUGCCACUAGUAGCUCCUCUCUCCAUUCAUCACCUUUCUGUGUUUUUUUUUUUCUUCUUUGGAACGGUUUUUAUUGGUCUAGUUUCUCAUGGUGUGCACUUAUAUAUAAAUAGCUAGCUAGAGUUUGUGGAAAGCUCUAGUGAAUUAAACUCUCUUUUGGGGUUUUUCUCUUUUUGGGGUUUCUGUUUAUAAGUUAGAUGAUUGAUGGUGUGGGUGCAUGAUGAGUAAGUAGCAUAUAAGAGCUUGGUGUGCUUAUGUAACAUAUUGGGUAUUGAUUUCUAAUAACAUUUAUGCAUUCCAUGAAUUAAUUAA